AGGCAACACGGGGUCACUGUCACUGGCCGCGCGGCGUUCGAGCUGGAGAUGGGGCCACGGGGCCUUCUGCCACUCCUGCUGGUGCUCCUGGGCUGCUGGGUCUCCGUGAGCGCCCGGGCCGGGGCCGCCCUGGCGGUGACGACGGAAGGCCUCAACUCUGCGGAGCCAGCCCCGACGACUCCCCGACCUGCCGCGUCUCCUAGGCCCCCCGGUACCCCCGGGGUCCCCGAGCCCUCCUCCAAUCCCAGACCCGGCCUGGUCACUGACGUUGCUGCUUUGUGUGCCUGCGACCUGUCUCCAGCACAGUGUGAUGUCAACUGCUGUUGUGAUCCCGAUUGCAGCUCUGUGGAUUUCAGUGUCUUUUCUGGUUGCUCAAUACCAGUUGUCACGGGUGAUAGUCAGUUUUGUAGCCAAAAAGCAGCCAUUUAUUCAUUGAAUUUCACAGCAAACCCACCUCAGAGAGUAUUUAAAAUUGUCGACCAGAUCAAUCCAUCUAUUUUCUGCAUUCAUAUUACAAACUAUAAACCUGCAUUGUCCUUUAUUAAUCCAGAAGUGCCCGAUGAAAACAAUUUUGAUAAAUUGAUGAAAACAUUUGAUGGUUUUUCAUUGAGUGCAGAAUCAGACGUUUCCUUCACAGAUGAAUCAGAUGUUCCAAAGACUACUAAAUAUGAGUACGGAGCUGUCCUGCAGACUUCAGAUGCAUUUCUGAGACUUCCUUCUCCCCUCACAUCGUCUCUGUGCACCGAUAAUAACCCCGCAGCAUUUUUGGUGAACCAAGCCGUUAAGUGCACCAGAAGGAUAGACUUGGAGCAGUGUGAAGACAUCGAAGCCCUGGGCAUGGCUUAUUACUGCAGCCCUCAAAUUUUGAGGGUACCUAAUUCAAAAACAAAGGUCCCUAUCACUGUUCAGUCCAUCAUCAUUCAGUCGCUGAAUAAAACGCUUGCCCGCCUGGAAGAUGCUGGCGUGUUGAAGCAGGCCCUGGUUGGGGCCGGGCCCGAUCAAGUCUGCACUCGUGUCGUCCUGGAGGUGAAGUACAGGCUCACCUACACAGAUGCAGGUGAAGUGACAAAAGCCGACCUCUCUCUCCUUCUGGGCACAAUCAGCAGUGCCACGGUGCCAUUCCAGCAGAAGUUUGAAAUUCGCUUUAUUCAGCAAAAUACAAAGCCAGUUCCUCUCAGUGGAAACCCUGGUUAUGUCGUGGGCCUCCCGCUAGCUGCCGGAUUUCAGCCUCACAAGGGAUAUCCUUUUGGGUCUGGGAUCAUUCAGACCAUGAAUAGAUAUGGACAACUUACUAUCCUUCGCAGCACAGCAGAGCAAGACUGCUUAGCAGUGGAGGGGAUCCGGACCCCCGUGUUAUUUGGUUACAAUAUGCAGUCUGGCUGUAAACUAAGACUGACUGGAGCCAUCACGUGCCCGCUUGUCGCGGAGAAAGUGAGGCGCCUGCUGAAGGGCCAGGGCUUCCCAGAUUACGUGGCUCCCUUCGGAAAUUCCCAGGCCCAGGAUGCGCUGGACUGGGUGCCCGUCCGCUUCGUCACCCAGGCACCCCACAUGAAGGAUUCUUGCCAGCUCCCAGUGGCUUUGGUUAUAGAACUGAAGUGGACCAAAUACGGAUCCUUACUGAACCCACAGGCUAAAAUAGUCAACGUAACUGCCAAUCUAAUUUCCUCCUCAUUUCCUGAGACCAGCUCAGGAAGUGAAAGGACGGUUCUCAUUUCCACUGUGGUUGCUUUUGUGGAUGUGUCUGCACCUGCAGAGGCAGGCUUCAGAGCUCGGCCAACCAUCAAUGCCAAGCUGCCCUUUAAUUUCUUCUUCCCGUUUGUUUGAUAAUGCUCCUAUGAAAGGAUGCCUCAGUAUCCACGCGAACGGUGGAAGCUGUACACUUGAUGAGAUUAAGGUUUAUAUACAACUAGUAACUGUCCAG